AGGGUUUUCAUCAGCACGUCUGUGUUGUGGUGUCUCAAUGGCGACAGACAUUGUUGAGCAGUUGGCCAACUCUCUGGCCAAGACCGGAGUGGAGGAAGGAGAGCUGAGCUACAAAGGCCAGGGCAGGAAGCUGGAUGAUGCUGAGUCAGUGGAGGACAUGGUGAAGGAGAUCCAGGACUUUGAGGGCUUACAGGCCCUGAGGUUGGAAGGGAACACUGUAGGUGUGGAGGCAGCACAGGCAAUCGCCAAGGCCCUGGAGGCCAAGAGCGAGCUCAGACGUUGUUAUUGGAGUGACAUGUUCACAGGUCGCCUGCGCUCUGAGAUCCCACCUGCCCUGAAUUCCUUUGGUGAUUGCCCUGAUGCUGGCAGGUGCAGGCUGACAGUGUUAGACCUCAGUGACAACGCAUUUGGUCCUGAUGGGGUGAGAGGUAUUGAGAAGUUGCUGAAGCGCACCGCCUGCUACACUUUGCAGGAGCUGCGGCUCAACAACUGUGGCAUGGGCAUUGGUGGAGGAAAGAUCUUGUCUGGAUCGUUGACCCAGUGUCAUAAAAACUCCAGUGCAGUUGGUGCUCCUCUCAGCCUGAAGGUGUUUGUCGCAGGAAGGAACCGACUGGAGAACGAUGGAGCCACCGCUCUUGCUCAAGCCUUCCAGCUGAUGGGCAGCCUAGAGGAGGUUCACAUGCCCCAGAAUGGCAUCAAUCAUGCCGGUGUUACAGCCCUGGCCACUGCCAUGCAGCACAACACCGGACUCCGCAUCCUGAACCUCAAUGACAACACCUUUACUGAGAAGGGGGCUAUUGCUAUGGCUCAGGCUCUGAAACACCUCCGCAGCAUCCAGGUGAUAAACUUUGGAGACUGCCUGGUUCGGCGCGGGGCUCGAGCUAUCGCACAAACAGUAUCCGAGGGACUCCCCAUACUCAAGGAGCUCAAUCUGUCAUUUGGCGAGAUUACAGAGGAAGCAGCUCUGGCUGUGGCAGAGGCAAUAAAGGGGAAGGACCAGCUGGAGAAACUGGACUUAAAUGGCAACUGUCUUGGAGAUGAUGGCUGCAAAGCUCUGAAAGACGCCAUGGAAACCAUGAACAAGACUGAUCUUUUGGGCUCCCUCAGUGAUGAUGAGGGUGAGCCAGAAGAUGAUGAUGAUGAUGCCGACGAAGAUGAGGAUGAAGAUGAUGAGGAUGACGUGGAGGAAGAGGAGGAAGAAGAAGAAGAAGAGGAGGAGGAGGAGGAGGAGGAAGAAGAGGAGGAAGAAGAAAGCAGAGUAGAGAAGAUGUCCACCCCUCCAUCGGCGCCACGGCCGCCAGACGUGUCGUCCUUCCUCAGCUUUCCAUCCCCAGACAAACUGAUCAAACUGGGUCCCAAGAGAGCGUUCCUGAUCGAGCAGCAGGUCGAUGUGACAAAUGCAACAAAAAUGGCUGAAGCUUUUCUUAAGAUUGCGUCAGUGUACAAAGAGGAGAACAGUGAUGUUAAGAGUGCCGUGUUGGAAAGCAUCGACGCCCUCCUGAGGAAGGCCUUUGCCACGCCGUCCUUUCAAGGCUAUGAGUUUGUGUCUUCUUUGUUGGUGCUGCUCGGACUGAUUAAGAGUGAGGACAAGGUGAAGCCCGUGCUCGUGGUUCCUGGACACCUCCACGCGCUCGAGCAGUCGUUCGGCAGGACUACUUCCCCCAAAGAGAACACGGCCGUGCUGGAGGCUUUCAUGUCCCGGUAAGGACGUGGCAGAAUGAGUCCAAUCAACAGGCAGCUCCCAGGAACAACAAGGCCCUGGACUCAUG